AUGAAGGGACUGCGUAAACUGACAGCAUCUGCAUUGGCACUGUUCCUUACAGUGUCCUUCCUAUCUUUUUCCUGGAGUGCUCCUCAGGCUCAUUUCCAAAGGAGAAACUGGACUCCUCAGGCUAUGCUCUAUUUGAAGGGUGCACAGGGACGUAGAUUCAUCUCAGAUGAGAGCCAGCGAAAGGAUCUGUAUGGGAGAAUGCAGCUUGAAACACGCAGCCAAAACACAAAUCCUUUAUCUCUUUCUGAAGCUGCAGCAUUGUUCCUUAGGUCAUUAUGGAAAGAUCAAGAAGUGGAAGAAGAAAACAGUGAUCAUCCUGGCUACCUGAUGGACAAUCUAUCAAACUGGUGA